AUGGGCAAGUCGAAGGUGGGGAAAGUCCUGGCGCUGGGUCUUGAGUUGGAUCCAAAGAAAGUCCUAAAGAUGGAGCCAGAUGAGCGCGCCAGCUGGUUCAGCGAUGUUUGCCGCUUUGCUUCUGAUGGCAUUGUGCAAGUCAGCCAGCUGUACAAUGUGCUCUCCAGUGAGAAAUUUGGCGAUGGGCUUUCUGAGAAAGCUGCGAAACGAAUGAAUCGAACUAUGUUAAAGCAUUUGCACCUCUUUUCAGAGAAGCAGCAGCGAUACCUCAAGCAGUUGGGGCUUGUAAUGGAUGAGACCGAAACAUCCAAGGAUGUGGCGGACUACAAAUCUGCCAGGAGAAAGGGCAGCGAUGAAGAUGCUGCGGCCCGAAUGGAGGAGAUGAUGGCACGAUGCCGUAAUUUCGUCCGAGAGAAGGCUGACACCUUUGAGGAAAGAAUGAAAGAAGCAGAGGAACGUGAACAAGAGGCAAGACGUCAAGAACGACUGCGUCAAGAGCAGGAACGUAAAGAGCGCUUGGCACGGGAGUGGGCAGCCAUCACAGAGUGGCAUGCACCCAUGGAGAGCUGGGAGGAAUUGCAGCUAUCCUUGGAGGAUUUCCGGACGCAGGAACGCGCCCAGAUGGAAGAAGAGGUCAGACGAGCCUUGAGGAAGACUAAGGGGUCCCGCUCCAGGUCUAAGCGCAAACGGUCCAGCUCACAGUCCUGA